CUCGAAGAACAAGAGCAGCUCGUCUGAUAAGCAACCCGCCCCACCUCCACCGCCUCCAAACAAUGCAAAACCUUUGCCUCAGUCAAAUCUGGUCGCUGCAUCAAAAGAUAUCCCGGCAGCUUCACAACCUUCAGGCGUAGCUGGUCCUAAUUUGGUCGCGUCGUCAUCAUCCUCUUCACUACAGAGAAAUGGCGCAGUUCCCUCUUUGAAUCCAGCGACACCGGAAAGGCGCGUUCCGAGUGACAAGACUUCCCCAGCACCACCAAUCGUUGUCGUGAGCCCGAGCACCGAUAUGUCUGCCGAUGGCCUUCCACACAAUCGCAACAGUAUCCCUUCAAAUAUCCGCUCGUCUGGGGAACCUGGCACCCUGCCCCGCGCUACCCCACUCAAUAGACUGCGCAAUACCCCAAAGGACACAAUUCCGAUGAUAGGGAAGCCCCCGAGAAAGCAGCGCAGCAGCCGUUUCCAUCCUUCCGAGAAAGUUGAAAUCGAGCGAUUACCCUCUUUUGCCGAGGUUACUGUCAAUGACCGCCCGGAGUUGUUCAUACGGAAACUGCACCAGUGUGCUGUAGUUUUUGAUUUCAAUGACGCGAGUUCGGAGCUGAAAGGGAAACAGAUCAAAGCUGCUGCGCUGCAUGAAAUGCUAGAAUACAUUACUACACAGCGUGGCGUUAUCACAGAACAAAUAUACCCCGAGGUCAUUGCGAUGUUCUCGACGAAUCUCUUUCGAUCUAUACCCCCUCAAGUCAAUCCCACAGGAGAUGCAUUUGAUCCCGAAGAAGAUGAGCCAGUUCUUGAGCUGGCGUGGCCGCACCUACAGGUGGUUUAUGAGUUCUUCCUUCGAUUCGUCGAGAGCCCCGAUUUUAACACCAAUAUCGCCAAACGGUAUAUCGACCAGUCGUUCGUGUUGAACUUACUGGAACUCUUUGAUUCGGAGGACCCUCGCGAGCGCGAUUUCUUGAAAACAACUCUCCAUCGAAUUUAUGGGAAAUUCCUUAAUCUCCGCGCGUUCAUAAGACGGUCAAUCAACAACGUCUUCUUUCAGUUCAUCUACGAAACGGAACGACACAACGGGAUAGCAGAGUUGCUUGAGAUCUUGGGAUCAAUUAUUAAUGGUUUUGCCCUCCCUCUCAAAGAAGAACACAAGCUCUUCUUGAGUCGUGUCCUCCUCCCACUUCACAAGGCCAAGUCACUUGUGAUGUAUCACCCUCAACUCGCAUAUUGUGUCGUGCAAUUCCUCGAAAAAGAUGCAAGUCUUACAGAGGAAGUGAUCCUCGGCCUCCUGAAGUUCUGGCCAAAAGUUAACUCACCGAAGGAAGUCAUGUUCCUGAACGAAGUGGAGGAAAUCCUUGACGUUAUCGAUCCUAUCGAGUUCCAGAAGAUCCAAGUGCCUCUAUUCCAGCAACUCGCUCGAUGCAUCAACAGUCAGCACUUCCAAGUCGCAGAGCGCGCUCUGUACUACUGGAACAAUGAAUACAUCGUCAAUCUCAUGGGAGAGAACCUUGCCAUUAUUUUGCCUAUCGUUUUCCCAGCCCUGUACAGGAACUCAAAAACUCACUGGAAUCGCACCAUUCAUGGGAUGGUUUACAAUGCUCUGAAGUUGUUCAUGGAUAUGAAUAACGAGUUGUUUGACGAGUGCGUUCAUGCCUUCAAACAAAACCUCAUGGCUGAACGACAGCGCCAACAAACCAGAUACGAGUCGUGGCAGAAGAUGAGAGCAGAGGCCGUCCAGAAUGCUGGCGGGCAACUACCCCCUGGCGUCCCCGACAUCGACAAUAUCCUUCCACCGGACGAAACUGACGAUGACACCGCCUUGAUAAAUGAUGUAGCCUUAGAUCUGUCCGCGGCUACAAUCGAGGCAGAAGCUGUUGAAUUUGAUGAGGCUGCAGCUCAAGAGCGACUCCCACAUGCAGAUCCUUCGUUUGAGACGAACGGCUCUGCUUCAAGAGAAGAUAAUGGGCCCUUCCCCGGCAGUUCCCCAUCGACAUCUGCACAAAGCCCCCACGUUCGGAGAAAAAGCGUUCUCCCAGUUGAUCCUGGAGUCCUACGUGACUUGCAGGCCCAUAAAAGCUUAGAACUUGGACCGUAUGCCUAAUGCCCCUACCUCGCAAUUCUCCCCACGCCCAUGUCCUUCUUGCCUUCACGCUAUUUAUCGCACAGACAUGGGUCACGGCACAACCUCACCGUUCGCACUCAAUGGACUUUAGUUUGUAUCACGGUCUAGUUCCCCAAUUUUAUGAGGUCUGUGUAAGCGUGCUUGCCGCUGAAAACUGGUACAAUACUGCUAUAUAUACCCUUAUGAAUCGCAUUCUUGCAGACACUAGACAAGGAUGGCGCUUCACACGUUUGCGGCCAAGAGAGCAGCGCUCGAAAGUUGACGUCGAAUGUCCCGGUAAUCAACAUCGUGGG